AUGGGAUACAAGAACAUCAUCACUGUGAUGUUCUACUUGUCACUAGUGUUUCUGUUUUCAUUUAUCUCAAGUAGCCUGGCAAUGGGAAGUCGAGCCUAUGAUUCUAUUGUUUUCGAUGAAUUUGUUAGGGAGUAUGCAGAGAAGGCUGUGAAGAGACCGCGGACAGGUACUCUCUAUAACAUAUCUCUACCGUCUAAUUAUUCAGGGGUGGAGGUUUCGUAUAUCAGAUUGAAAAGUGGCAGUUUGUGGAAUAGGGGGAGGAAUUCGACAUUGUUUAUGAUUCCCAAACGGAUAUCACCAGAGCCUUAUGUCAACAGAGUUGACAUGAUUUUUCAGAAUGUGGGGAAUUUGUCGUCUUUCUAUUUUGAUGUCCCUAAUUACACGUUUGUCGCUCCUGUGGUUGGUUUUCAUGUCUACGGUGCUGAUGCAAAUUAUUCAGGUUUGGAUGGGAGUCGAAUGGUUACAUUCAGACUCCGGGAAGAUCCAAUUGUGGUUCGGUUCCCUAGUAUCUCACUUGGAGAGAAUGACAAUGUGACAAUGAAAUGUGUUAGAUUUGGGACUGAUGGAAGUGAAGUUGAGUUUAGUAGUGUGACUGCGCCUAAUUACACAUGUAAUGCUUAUGAUCAAGGUCAUUUCUCUAUAGUUGUGCCAUCAUUGCCACCACCGUCGAUGAAGAAGAGGAAGAAGAGAGGGAAGGUAUGGUUAUGGUUGAUAAUCGGAGGUGGAGGGUUUAUCUCAUUGAUUUUGUCUGGGAUUCUAGUGUUUAAAAUGUUGAAGACAAGGAAGAUAGAGACUAUGGUGAAAGAGUCAGAAAAAAGCGAGGCUUUAGAUAUUAUUUGGAUUGGAAAGAGUAAAAUGCCUUCGGCCAGUAUCAUUAGAACACAACCAGUUCUUGAGAAUGAUUAUUUUCCUUGA